AUGCAAUCUUCGACCGAUCCUAGUUUGACCGUUCUGAAGCAUUUGGCGUCGACUUUGGGCAGCGAAGGCAGCGAACACAACAGCAGCGACACCUCUGAGGAGUCUGUAGAACCACAAGUCUCCUCCACGACCGAGAAAACGUCUCCAGGACCGGGAGCGUUUGUUACAUAUACGUCGCCGGAGCGGACACUGCUGCAACAGUGUUCACCUGUUUAUUCCACGAGCACGCCUCUACAGAACAGAUAUGAGUAUCCUCUGUACCCGCAGCUGCCUGUGACAUCUCCGAUCUUCUCAAGACAGGUCACAGCCAGGACAUCGCCAAUCUUCCCGGGACAAGGCACGACCGAGACAGAUACGUCAGACGCACCGCCAGAUCGCAAGAAACGUCCGAAUAUCAGCUACACUGCUCUCAUCGCCAUGGCUAUUCUGAACUCACGGGAACGUAAGCUUCAGCUGCACCAGAUUUACGACUUCAUCCAGUAUAAGUUCCCGUACUACCAGACUACGACCAGCAAGUGGAAGAACUGCGUACGGCACAACCUGUCUCUCUCCGAUCGUUUCGUGAAACUCGGCCGCAAGGACACCAGAGGAAACUUCUGGGCUAUCAACGAGAAAUACUACGAGGAACUGGUGCGUAACAUCUCUCAGAACACUGACAUUGCUCAUAUGAACUAUCCUGCUCUAGCCAGUGCCAUGGGUUAUCAGGCCAUGUCCUUCCCUGGUCUUCCGCAGAUGAUUCCUGGAGGUUACUUACCGCCAGUCACCAUUCCGUCUACGGUCUUCACCGGACAUCUCUCCUCGCCAAGUCCGUUUCCUGCUCUCUCCGUGGCGACAUCUCCCAGCCCGUACCAGCCAGGUACAUCCGUCAUUACACCACAACCUUACCCAGGAUUGGAAUCUCCAAGUGCAUUUCAUAGUUAUCCGUAUUCACAUUCGCAAGGAUAUUCACAUCUCGCCCAUGGACUUUCUCACCCUGCUCAAGAACUUUCACGGCAUCCUACCCAAGGCCUAUCUGGAUACAGCUCAGGACACCAAUACCGAUUCCGACCUUAUUAA